UCUAUGAUCGCUAUCUCAACACUCUCGCCAUCUUAGCUAAUAUCGCACCGAUAGAGAGAGACCGACAGAGAGCAAUGGCGUCUUCACCGUACUCCGUUUCUCGGAGCAAUGUUGAGGCUUUCCGGCAUUACGCCUCGAGCUCGAGGAUGAUCGAUCUCAAUUCCAGAAUCCGAGGCUCAAAAUUGCGGUUCCUGACCGCAACCGCCGGCUUACAGAGAACGAAACGGACUCUCCUUGUCAAGUGCGUGUUGGAUGAGACGAAACAAACGAUUCAGCAUGUGGUUACUGAAAAAAAUGAAGGUACCUUACUUGAUGCUGCAUCUAUUGCUUCAAGCAUCAAAUACCAUGCAGAAUUCUCACCAGCAUUCUCUCCAGAGAGGUUUGAGCUUCCAAAGGCUUACUUUGCAACAGCACAAAGUGUUCGUGAUGCACUGAUUGUCAAUUGGAAUGCAACAUACGAUUACUAUGAGAAGUUGAAUAUGAAGCAGGCAUACUAUCUCUCUAUGGAGUUUCUACAGGGUAGAGCAUUGUUAAAUGCAAUUGGUAAUCUGGAGCUUACUGGCGAAUAUGCUGAAGCACUGAACAAGCUUGGCCACAAUCUAGAAAAUGUUGCUUCUAAGGAGCCAGAUGCUGCUCUUGGAAAUGGAGGUUUGGGGCGGCUUGCCUCCUGUUUUCUUGACUCUUUGGCAACAUUGAAUUAUCCAGCAUGGGGGUAUGGACUCAGGUACAAGUAUGGGUUAUUUAAGCAACGCAUUACAAAAGAUGGACAGGAGGAGGUGGCUGAAGAUUGGCUUGAACUUGGCAAUCCUUGGGAGAUAAUCAGAAAUGAUGUUUCAUACCCUGUGAAGUUCUUUGGCAAAGUGAUCACAGGGUCAGAUGGAAAGAAGCACUGGAUUGGUGGGGAGGACAUUCUGGCAGUUGCAUAUGAUGUUCCAAUUCCAGGAUAUAAGACUAGAACCACAAUUAGCCUUCGGUUGUGGUCUACUAAGGUUCCAUCCGAGGAUUUUGAUCUAUAUUCUUUCAAUGCAGGAGAGCACACCAAAGCGUGUGAGGCCCAAGCAAAUGCUGAAAAAAUAUGUUACAUACUCUACCCUGGGGAUGAAUCAAUUGAAGGAAAAAUUUUACGACUGAAGCAACAAUACACCUUGUGCUCUGCUUCUCUACAAGAUAUAAUUGCCCGAUUUGAGAGGAGAUCUGGUGAAUAUGUUAAAUGGGAGGAGUUUCCUGAAAAAGUUGCUGUCCAGAUGAAUGACACCCACCCAACUCUAUGUAUCCCUGAACUGAUUAGAAUAUUGAUAGAUUUGAAGGGCUUGAGUUGGAAGGAAGCUUGGAAUAUCACUCAAAGGACUGUGGCUUACACAAAUCAUACUGUUCUGCCUGAGGCACUGGAGAAAUGGAGUUAUGAGCUGAUGGAGAAGCUGCUCCCUAGACAUAUAGAGAUUAUAGAGAUGAUAGACGAUCAGCUGAUAAAUGAAAUAGUAUCAGAAUAUGGGACAUCAGAUCUUGACAUGUUAGAAAAAAAGUUGAAUGAUAUGAGAAUUUUGGAGAAUUUUGAUAUUCCCAGCUCUAUUGCCAACUUGUUUACCAAACCAAAGGAAACACCUAUUGUUGAUCCUAGUGAAGAAGUUGAAGUUUCUGGUGAAGUGGUGACUGAGAGUGUUGAAGUUUCUGAUGAAGUGGUGACUGGGAGUGAAAAAGAUGAACUUGAAGAAAAAGACACAGAACUGGAGAAAGAUGAGGACCCGAUACCAGCUCCUAUACCACCCAAGAUGGUCCGCAUGGCUAAUCUCUGUGUUGUUGGUGGUCAUGCUGUAAAUGGAGUUGCUGAGAUUCAUAGUGAUAUAGUGAAGGAAGAUGUUUUUAAUGACUUUUACCAGCUUUGGCCUGAGAAAUUUCAAAACAAAACAAAUGGUGUGACACCAAGAAGAUGGAUCCGAUUUUGUAAUCCUGCUCUAAGUAAUAUCAUUACUAAGUGGAUUGGUACAGAGGACUGGGUCCUAAACACAGAAAAGUUGGCAGAACUGCGCAAGUUUGCAGAUAAUGAAGAUCUUCAAAUAGAGUGGAGGGCUGCAAAAAGAAGCAACAAAGUUAAGGUUGCCUCAUUCCUAAAAGAAAGGACAGGGUAUUCGGUCAGCCCCAAUGCAAUGUUUGAUAUCCAGGUAAAACGAAUUCAUGAAUACAAGCGCCAACUCUUGAAUAUCUUGGGAAUUGUUUAUCGCUACAAGCAGAUGAAAGAAAUGAGCGCAGCAGAAAGAGAAGCUAAGUUUGUUCCUCGAGUAUGCAUAUUUGGAGGAAAAGCUUUUGCUACAUAUGUUCAAGCUAAAAGGAUCGUAAAAUUCAUAACAGAUGUUGGAGCCACCAUAAACCAUGAUCCUGAGAUAGGUGAUUUGUUGAAGGUUAUUUUUGUCCCCGAUUACAAUGUCAGUGUUGCAGAACUGCUGAUUCCAGCUAGUGAACUUUCACAACAUAUCAGUACUGCCGGAAUGGAGGCCAGUGGAACCAGCAAUAUGAAAUUUGCCAUGAAUGGUUGCAUCUUAAUUGGGACCUUGGAUGGAGCCAAUGUUGAGAUAAGGCAAGAGGUUGGAGAGGAAAACUUCUUUCUCUUUGGGGCUGAAGCUCAUGAGAUUGCAGGGCUUCGGAAAGAAAGAGCUGAGGGAAAGUUUGUACCAGAUGAACGUUUUGAGGAAGUCAAGGAAUUCAUAAAGAGUGGUGUUUUUGGCUCCAAUACCUAUGAUGAGCUUCUUGGAUCUUUGGAGGGAAAUGAAGGCUUUGGUCGUGGAGACUAUUUCCUUGUGGGCAAGGACUUCCCUAGUUACAUAGAAUGCCAAGAGAAGGUUGAUGAGGCAUAUCGAGACCAAAAGAUAUGGACUAGAAUGUCAAUCUUGAACACAGCCGGAAGUUACAAAUUCAGCAGUGAUAGAACAAUCCAUGAAUAUGCCAAGGACAUAUGGAACAUCCAGCCAGUUGUGUUUCCCUAGAAAUUAAAGAAUCAACCAAUUUUCUGAGCAGCAGUAAUAAAAAUGUCGUCUUAGGUCCUAUGUUCUUGUUUAUGUACAUGUAGGUGCAAGAUCCUGUGAUGAUCUAAUAAAGCUUGCUUCCUUCUAUUAUGCAUAUCCUUUUACAAGGGUUCAUGUACUUCUGAUCAAUCCUUAAUAAUCAAUUUUUAAUUUCACAUCGGACAUAA